CGGACACACUCGCGCCCACCAGGGGGUGGGUAGAGGACGGGCCUGACCGCCUCGCCCAGGCCGGCACUCCCUGGGGUCCUCUCUCUCGCCCCCACCCAAUCGCGCGCUCUAACCUUCACCUCCUUGCCGCCCUGGGGCGGCAGAUUUCUCUGCGGAGCAAGGAGGCGGGGGCAGGAGGCUGGGAGGCCGAGAACCAGGGCUGCCCCAAGCCCUGCGCAGAUGGCUGAGGCCGCCCAGCCCCACUCCCCGUGCUUCCUGUUUGGUUUCUUUUAGACAAACUUUCUGGCCUUCGGGGAGACGUCCCGGUCGGCAGGAUGUGCGCUCAAACUGCGUAGCCGGGCCUCGCCACCUCUGGUGGCCUGCGGAGAGGGGGCUGCGACUAACAGCCGGCAGAUCCCAGGGAUACUGGGGUCGCUUGGGUGAAAAAGGGACCCUGGUUGUCCCUUGGCCCCAGACUCAGCCUAGGGAAAGAAGGAAAGGAGGGUUUGGGGUGAUUAGAAAGCAAGAGCUUCUCGCGGUCUCCUGUGUCUCCUCGGUGAAAUGGACCGGCCCCCCCUCAAUGUCCUCUCUGGCCCCAGCCUCACAAGAGCCAGCUGUCCUGGCUUCUCUUCUUCCCAGAAGCUGCCGGCUUCAGGAUUUGCAGAAGUGGCUGUCCCUUCCUGCUGGUCCACUGCCUGACUGUUCUCUGCAAAGGCCAGGCUCCCACCCUAGGUUCUCCUGGUGCCCUUCUGCGACAAAGAGCGCCCCCAGGGGGAAGGGAGGGACUGCCGAACCCCUCCUCCUCUUCACCCAGUAGUCUUGGGACUGUGCUCUACGGCCAAGGACCUGCGCAGCUCUGCCCGGGCUGAGCCCGCACACGCUUGGCUCACAGCAGCCCCUCUGCACGGGCUCCAGGACACCAUGGCGGCCAAGCAGCCCCCGCCUCUCAUGAAGAAGCACAGCCAGACGGACCUUGUGAGCCGCCUGAAGACGCGGAAGAUCCUGGGCGUGGGCGGGGAGGACGAUGACGGAGAAGUGCACCGCUCCAAGAUCAGCCAGGUCCUGGGCAAUGAGAUCAAGUUUGCGGUCAGGGAGCCCCUGGGGCUCAGGGUCUGGCAGUUCGUGUCUGCCGUGCUGUUCUCCGCCAUCGCCGUCAUGGCCCUGGCCUUUCCCGAGCAGCUCUACGACGCGGUCUUCGAUGGAGUCGAGGUCACCAGCAAGACCCCCAUCCGCCUCUACGGGGGCGCCCUCCUCAGCAUCUCCCUGAUCAUGUGGAACGCACUGUACACGGCCGAGAAGGUCAUUAUCCGGUGGACGCUGCUCACGGAAGCCUGCUACUUCGGGGUCCAGUUUGUGGUGGUCACUGCCACGCUGGCUGAGACGGGCCUGGUGUCUCUGGGGACCCUGCUGCUUCUGGUCAGCCGCCUCCUCUUCAUGGUCAUCAGCAUUAACUACUAUUACCAAGUCGGCCGGAAACCCAAGAAAGUCUAGCGGGGCAGAGACCUGCACAUGCUGGGCCAGGUGGCUCUGGGGCAUCUGCUCCCCUUUGACUCCUGGAAGGCAGCCCCCCAUCCUGACCCAGUGCCCCCAGGAAGGUAGGGUGAGCCCUUUCCCUCCUGAAUGCUCCAGAGGCUGUGGCUCCUGGGCUUCCAGGCUCACAGGCCAGUUGGGGAGAUGGGCAUCUGCACCCCACUUCCUUACCCCGCACAGGGAUACACCCCCUUCCCCUCCACAGGUCCCAACCGGAGAGCAGAGUCCUGGGGUGUGGUCUGAGCCGAGGGCCCCCCUUUCCUCUCGUGAGAGCCUGCAGGCUGCCCCCCAGCACCCCGCAGAGCUGCCCUCUACUCCCAGACAACCCUAGAACAUGACCCUGAUCCUUGCCCACAGCCUGGGCCAGGUCGUGUGCCAGGCCCUGGAACACCACGCACACGGGCACACGCCCUUCCCAGGCCCGGUGGGGGCUGCAGCUGGCCCGGAGUGGGCGCCUCCCUUGACCUUUCUGCGGGGCUGGCCCACCUGCACAGACUUAACUGUCUCCCCCAGAACCCUCCCCAGCUGGCUGGGUGCGGAGGGGCCUGAGCCCCCUGCCCUGCAAAGGGACACACACAGACAGCGGGGGAGCGGGCUGAGGUGACAGGUAGGUCUGGAGACGAGAAAGGAGAGCAGUUGUGUCCCUGUCCCAUCCUCCAAGGCCUGGUUCCCCUCUGGCUGCCUGCCUUCUCCCUGAGGACCUUUCCCCCAGACUCCCCCCAGCCAUCCCCAAGGCCUGGCUGGGCCAGGCUUCGUGCCCCUCCACAGAAGGGUAAACAGAAGCGAUUCAGCAGCCUCUUCCUGUCACUUCCCCUUCUCCAAGACAUGGGAGAAGAGGAGGAGGCCUUCCUGUCCUGUAGGCAGUGACAUGCACAUGCCUGGCAGGCGUGGCUACGAAGAUGAGGAGGGGCCAGGUAGGGCCCUGAGCUUGCACCAGGCCGAGUAGCAUAGAGCCUGGACUCGGGAGGCAGGCAGGAGCCGCUGUCUUCCGCCAGCAGGCAGAAGUCCGGGGCCCAGCCGCUCCUCUGGGUGGCAGGCAGCUACCACCGGCACACUAAGGUUCCCUGGGCAGCAGCCGUGCGUGGGGCCUCUGACGGCCAAUCCACAGCCGCAUUGGGCAGCAGGUGCUGCAGCCUCUGCCUCGGAGCUCUGAUGGGGUCCUGGGUUACCCAGGUGUGGCUUAAACACUGCUGUGAAGCUGGGGUAUAGCUGUGGGCUUGGGGUCACGAGGUCUGGCAGGUGUGUGGGGACGGGGGACAAGACGGCAGGGAGGUCUGGGGGUUGGGAAGGAGGCAGUGGUGGAGAGGACUGGGCACCCUGUGCCUAGCGAGGAAGCCAGGCGGACCCCACUCUGCCACUGGGCUUGGGGUGCCCCGGCCAGCCCCUUCCCUGGAGCCCAGCACCCCUUGUCCAGCUUCUGUCUCCACUUGGGCCACCCCACUCCUGAGUCAGGACCACCUUUAUUCACGGUCACUAUUUAUUCUUCGUUCCUUCUUUUUGUAAGAAACAGUCACAAAAACC